AUGACCGCGUCUUCUGAGAACCAGCCCGCUCUGGCGGACUCUCCGCAGAGCAUAGUACUACAUGUGUUAUGUCCAUCUUUACCUCCUCCCAACCGAUUCACUCUCCACGACAUCUCCCUGUCCAUCACCAUCUCCUCUCUCAAAGCUCGAAUCGCGCAGACCAUUCCGAGCGAACCAUCACCUGAGACUCAAAGGUUGAUAUACCGGGGAAAGCCCCUGACGAACGAUGCCGUGGCGCUGAAUGAUGUGUUAGAGUCAUCAAAUGAUACCGAGUAUUCCAUACACCUCGUCCUUCCUCCUGCCCCCGCUCCCCAUGCUUCAACUUCUGCCAGAGCUCCUGCUCCAAUCCCGCGGGGAGCUUCAGGACAUCCCGCACCUCAGAGCCCAUUCGCAUCGAAUCGAUUCACGCCGCAGCACCUGCCUCACGGACAAGAGAUCAGGUAUCGAGGCCCCGCAUUGCCCGCUGUUCCCCAUGAGGCAGAGAUCGGACUUGCUCUGAGGCGGAAUAUUGAGGCUAUUCGCCGACAGAUCGACAUGCAGGAACGGGGCGGACCGUUGGGAGGCGUCGCGGCAGGCACCGCGGGGGCUACUUCCACGACUACGACAGCUUCGUUUGCUCAGCAACCUGCAUGGCCACACGUAGCUCCCGGUCUGUCGCACCCAGGACACUCGUCCGUCUCGUCUGAUUCCACAUUGGCUUCCGGUCUGUCGGGGACAACCAAUGCCAAUAGCAAUUUCCCCGAAGAAGUCCGAUUGCGCCUACAGAUCCUCAGAAACCAGAUUGCGUUUGGCGAAGAGCAACUGAACCGAGGGGUUGCGCCCCCAAUGGACCAUAUCAUUCGCAUACGUACACAAUUGUUCGCCCUGCUCGACGACCAAUAUCAGAACCCACAUGCUGAACGCGACGGCUCGAUUGAAUCGUUGCUUACCCGCGUCUUCAACAUCUAUACCCGCGCCGAUCAGCUCCGCGUCUCGCAAGCUCGAACCACGCCCCCACCUGUUCUAUCUGGACCUCCCAAUCCCACACCAGGGCAAGCUCCUCUGUACCUCCUCUCGUCUCCAAACGGCUAUCAAGCCUUGGUUGCAUCUCCCCGCGGCGCAGAAACGAUGCAGUCGUCUCUCGAUGCGCUCCGAGCCAUGCACUCCCCAACUGGAGCAUCGGCGCCUCGUACGGGUGCCCCGCCGGAGAUUCACAAUGCCAACGCAGUCGUCAUGGAGAACAUCGUCCGACAGGCCGUACUCAAUCAGCGCCUCGAAAACAACGGACAGUUGAGCUUCACGCGCAAUCUCCGACGCAUGUGGCUGUUUGUGCGCUUGUAUUUCUUCUGCUACAUGUUCAGCGAACCGGGCACAUGGUCUCGCGUGGUGUACGUGACUCUGGCCGUCCUCGUCUCGCUUCUGUCAGAAACCGGGGUCCCACAGCAAUUGUAUCGAAUGCUUGUGGCGCCAGUGCAACGACACCUGGAAGGACUGGUUCAUUUCGCUCCGGACGAGCCGGCCCCAGCACCAUCUGGCACGCAGUCAACUGGCCAAAGGAAUGUUCCUCUUGCUCAGCGAACCGGACUGCGACACCAACUGCGACGGGUGGAACGGUCCUUGGCGCUGUUCAUUGCAAGCUUGGUUCCCGGCGUGGGCGAGAGACACGUAGAAGUGCGCAACGCUGCAGAAGCGGCCCGGAACGCAGAGCGUGCAAGAGAGGAAGAAGAGCGGCGUCGACGGGAGGAGGAGGCCACCAACGCAGGCACGACUGGUGAGGCACAGACACAGGCUCAGCAGAGCGGCGAGAACGAACAGAGAGAGACGGGCGAGAACGCACCCAACACGAUACCCCCAACUGAGAAUUAG